AAAUUUUUGAAUAUUGUAUUUCAAUAAUAUCGCAAGCAAAGUAUCAUUUGUGAUUCUCAGCGAAAAAAAAAAUUUUGUAAAUUGUAAAAAUAAUCUAUUAUUUCUAGCUUCGUCAAAAACGUGAACGUGAAAUUCGUCAACUUGAAAUUGAAAAUCAAGAAAUUCGUGGUCAAUUACAAGAUUUAACACAAAAUAUAAAAGAUUUAGAAAUACGAUUAAAAAGACAUUAUGAUGAUUUAAAUAAAGCUACGACAACAACAGAAACUGAUGCUACAAUAAAAACAAAUCUUCAAAAACAAAUACGUGAUUUUCAAAUAGAAGUUGAUUCUUUAAAAGCAGAUUAUACAAGUGAAAGAGAAUUACGUAAAAGUUUAGAACGUGAAAAACGUUCAUUAAUGGAAGAAAAUAAUUCUUUACGUAAUGAAAUAUUUAAUAAAACAGAUGUAAGUGAUGAAAUACUUCAACGAGAAAAAAAAUUUGAAGACGAAUUAUCAAUAAUAAAACAUGAAUUACAUCAAACACGAAAAAAUCAUGAAACAACUGUUUAUGAUAUACGGUCAAAACAUGUUAAAGAACAUGAAGAAUUAACAAAACAAUUAGAAAAUUCUAAAAAACAAUUACAAAUAUGUACAAAAGAUCUUCAAUCAUUAAAAAAUGAGGUUAAAGAUCGUGAUAGUGAAAUAAAAAAUUUAAAUGUAUUAAAACAAGAUAUUGAAAAAAAAAGAAAACAAUCAGAAGUACAAAUUCCAGAUCUUCUACAUAAAUAUAAUGAAAGUGAAAGAAUUAAAAAUGAACUUAUUGAUAAAUCACAACGUUAUCAACAAAAUAUUGAAGCUUUAAAUGCAGCUUAUAUUGAAGUUGAACAACGUUCACAAAAUAAUGAACGUACUAUAAAGACACUUAAACAUGAUAAUCAAGAUUUACAAGAAAGAUUUCAAGAUGAAAAUCGUCAAAAAAUGAAUGUUCUAUCAAAACUUCGUCAAACAGAAGAUUUAAUUAAUGAAUUAAAAGAACGUUUAGAUGAAGAAGAAGAAGAAAAUCAUAAAUUAAAUGCUAAAUUAACACAAAUAACGCAAGAAAAUAAUGAAUCACGUCGUAUAAAUGAACAAAUUGAAUAUACAGAAGAACUUCGUCGACAAUUACAACGUGAAAAAGAUACCAUAGUUAAAGAACUUGAUAAUGAAAAAUUAUUAAAUUCAAAAUUAACAAAAUCAAAUCAAAAACUUACAAAUGAUAUAACUGAUCUUAAUGUUGAAUUAGAACGUUAUAGUACAAUUGUACAAAAUGUUGAAAAAACUAAACGUACAUAUGAAAAACGUGUUCAAGAUGAAAAAAAAUUACAAGAAAAAUUACGUCAAGAACGUGAUCAAAAUGAACGAGAUACAAGAGAAAAAGAAACACAACGUUUAAAUUUAUUAAAAGAAUUAAAUGAACGAAAUUAUGCUUAUGAAGAUUUAGAUAAACGUUAUAAACAAUUACGUACAGAUAUGGAUAAAAGAACAAAUACAGAUGAUGUUGGAAGAUAUAUUCAAGAAUUAGAAAAAACUAAACGAAAUUUUGAAUUAAUUGUUGACGAUCAAAAAAAUCAAAUAACCGAACUAGAAGAUGAAUUACAAACAUCUGAAGAUGCUCGUUUACGACUUGACGUUAAUGUUGGCGCAUUAAAACAAACAAUAGAAAAUAUUACACAAGAUUUUAAUAGAGAACUUGAAGAUUCUAAACGUUUAUCAAGUCAACGAUUAAAAGAAUAUGAAACCGAACUUCAAGAAGAACAAAAAUCUAAACAACAAAUAAUUCAACAACGUAAAAAAUUUGAAAUUGAUCUUCAAAGUGCAUAUCAACAAAGUCAAGAAGCUAAUCGAUUAAAAGACGAAACUCUGCGUACUAAUCGUCGAUUACAAACUCAAAUUCGUGAUUUAACACGUGAAUUAGACGAAAUUAAACAUACUGAUAUUGUAACAAAUCUAACUACUAAAGAAUGGCAAACAAAAUUGAAAACAUAUGAACAAAAUAUUGAACAAUUAACAGAAGAAAAAGAUCUCAUUGAACGACAGCUUCGUCAAAUUCAAACAGAACGUGAUGAACUUCAUCGAGAAAUUGCCACUCUUAGUCGAGAUUGCAAUUUAUCCAUUGAUGAUAAACGUCGAUUUGAAGCACGUAUUAAUCAACUUGAAGAAGCACUUGAAGAAGAACAAAUGAAUUCAGAAUUAAGUAAUGAUAAAUUUAAAAAGUUAACAAUAAAUUAUGAACAAUCUUUGCUUGACUGUGGUACUGAAAAAGAAAAUAAUAAUCAACUUGAAAUCAUUCGUAGUAAUCUUGAACGCCAAAUUCGAGAUUUACGUGAACAACUUGAUAUUAAUGGUGGAUCUACAAUCGAAAUAUCAAAAGCAAAAAUCGCUGGAUAUGAAGCUAAAAUUCAUGCAUAUGAAGAACAAAUUGAUAGUGAAGUUAGAGAAAAACAAAAGGCUUAUCGAAAUAUACGUUUCUUUGAAAAACGUCUUCGUGAAGCAUCAGCUGCCGCUGAGGAAACUCAAAAAUCGGC